AUGUCUCCCCCAGAGCAAGGAGUUGCAUUUUCAGGCCUUGGCUUUACUACCUUCUACUUAGCUGGAAAGUUGCACUGCUUCACGGAAACUGGCCGGGGGAAGAGCUGGCGGCUUUGUGCAGCAAUUCUCCCACUCUACUGUGCCAUGAUGAUCGCCCUGUCACGUAUGUGCGAUUACAAACAUCACUGGCAAGAUGCUUUCGUCGGAGGGAUCAUUGGCCUCAUUUUUGCUUAUAUUUGCUACAGACAACACUACCCUCCUUUGGGUAACACAGCUUGUCAUAAAUCUUAUGUCAGCCUGCUAGAUCAGAACUCUAUGAAGAAAGAAGAGAGACCUACAGCAGACAAUGCUACUGGCCUGCCUCUAGAGGGAAUAACUGAAGGUCCUGUAUGA